AAAAAAAAUUAACAAUGCAAAAAUUUGAAAUUAUUCGAUUUGGGUUUGGUUUGGAAAGGAGAUAAAUAUGGCUGAAGUGAAACUCCGAUUUUAGUAUAUCCAAACCAAAAUCAUUUUUCUUUGUUUUUACCAUGCUUCAGUUUUAUCUGGCUCCCAUAUCGAGGAUCGUUGAAUUUGCAUAAGAUGUGUAGCUCGAAUUAUACAGGGAAGAUUCCAAAAACGUUGACUCUUAUACAUGACAAGAUAAUUGGGACCAAUCCGUGGAUUGUUUAAGUCAACAUGAGAAGCGGGUCGGUCGGUCGGCGGCAAAAUCAGACCAACGUACCACACCAGGGCCGGGCUUGUACGCAAUCUCGCGAAACAUUCGUAUGGGGCCCCCACCUCAUGGGGCCCCCACUUCCAAUUUUUUCCUUUGUAAAUAUGUAAUGUUAAUAUAUGAAUCUUAGGUGCAAAGUCAAAUUAAAAAGCAAAAUUUUGGUUUCUAGUGACAGAAUAAAAUACAUGUCACGAAUAUUAUUAGCACGUAAGUCUGAAGAUAUCUCUAUUUUUUUUAUUUAAAGAAUUGUAAAUAUUAUAAUAAAUUUAAAUAAGUAAAAAGCAUCAUAUUUUAACUCAGCAAAGGAAACUUACGAGCUAUCUUUUCAGCUUCUUCCCUUCUCUGUAAAAGCAAGUUCAUAAGAAAACCAGAGAUUUUGUCUUUUGAUUCUUAGGUAAAAUCAAAUUUUAUUUUCGUUUAACAAAUCUUAUAUUGUUUAUUCAUCUCUAAUUCAAUUGAUUUACUCGUUUUGGUUUGAAGGUUUUUAAUAGUCAAUUUUUUAUAAUGUCAAAACUAAAUUACAAUCUUUAAAUUUUCUAUCUUCAUCCUGCAGAAAAAAAAUGAGUGCAUCAAGAAUAUACCUUUCUGGAGCUAAGAAAAGAGCAAAGAAAAGAAGAGUAGAAGAACUAGUGAAGUCUCAGUCAGGUUCUCUGUUAAAGUAUUUUAAGAAACCAGCAUCGCUUGGAACUGAUGAGGACCAUGAGAUUGAUGGAACUAGUGAGGAUAGUAGUGAAACUAGUGAGGUUGAUGGAUCUGAACCAGAUGAUGAGGUUGAUGGGGUUAGAACUGGAUAUGGAAACCAUGAUCAAGAAGAGAAUAGGGAUAGAGCUGAGAUAGAUGAUGAAGAUGUCAACUCAAAUGCAGCGGACGAGCAUUUUAAAGAAGAUGAUUCAGCCUUUGAUCUUAUGGAUCCUGGAAAUUGGAGAAAAAUUGACCAGAAGUUAAGAGAUUAUUUGGUUGAGAAAGGUCCUCUCCCACCACCAUCUGAAGAUUAUAUUUUCCCCAAAAAUGAAAGUGGUAGACACUUUUCACAUAGAAAUUACAAAAGGAUCAUGAAGAAUGGAGAUAUGCAGCACCGGCGUUGGUUAGUUUAUUCAACAACAUUCGACAAGAUCUAUUGUUUUUGUUGCAAGUUGUUCACCCGUUACAAGGAAACUACUCAACUAGCAGGCAUUGGAUUUUUGGAUUGGAAUAAUACUGGAAUAAGGCUGAGCCAACAUGAAACCAGUCAUGAUCACAUUAUGUGUAUGAGCCAGUGGAUGGAACUAGAGAUGAGGCUGCAAAAGAAUCAGACAAUUGAUAAGUGUGUCCAAGAGGAAAUCGAAAAAGAGAAGAAUCAUUGGAGGGAGCUUUUACUGAGAUUAUUUUCAGUGGUGGAGUAUUUGGCUAAGAGUAAUAUAGCAUUCCGUGGAUCUAAUGACAAAAUUGGCCAAGAGAACAAUGGAAAUUUUCUGGGGAAUAUUGAGAUGAUUGGUAAAUUUGAUCCUGUAAUGAGGGAGCACAUCAGGCGAAUCACCAAAGGAGAAACCCGAUACCAUUAUCUCAGCUACAAAAUUCAGAAUGAGUUGAUUGGAAUGUUGAGUUCUGAAAUCAAGUUUAUAAUCAUUAAGAAGAUUAAAGAGGCAAAAUUCUUCUCGGUUAUUCUUGAUUGUACUCCAGAUAUCAGCCACAAAGAGCAAAUGUCUCUCAUUAUUCGAUGUGUGGAUAUAUCAGUGAGUCCAGUUCAGAUUGAAGAAUUUUUUCUUACCUUUCUCGAAGUUGAAGAUAAAUCAGGAAAAGGGCUUUUUGAGCUAUUAUGUGAUACACUGGUUGGUUUGAAGUUGGAUAUUAAUGAUGUCAGAGGACAAGGUUAUGACAAUGGAUCCAACAUGAAAGGAAAAAACAAAGGAGUGCAGAAGAGAUUGUUGGAUAUCAAUCCGAGAGCAUUUUAUACACCAUGUGGUUGUCAUAAUCUGAACUUGGCUAUUUGUGAUAUUGCUAAAUCUUCUGAUAAAGCGAUGUCUUUCUUUGGGAUUAUCCAGCGUUUAUAUAAUUUUUUCCAACCUUCUACGACUAGGUGGGAGAUGUACAGAAAAAUGGUGGGAGGUUUCACGCUUAAACCGCUAUCAGAUACGCGAUGGGAAAGUCACCUCGAAAGCGUUAAGGCUAUACGUUUUAAAGCUCCAGAAAUCAGAGAUGUCUUACUUUACUUUGCAGAAAACAGUGAGGAUCCAGGAGCACGGAGUGAUGCUGAAUGUCUUGCGAUAAGUGAAACACAUGGAAUUGGAGGGUUUGAGUUCUUGUUUGGUCUGGUUAUAUGGUAUGAUGUUCUGUUUGCUGUUAAUACUGUGAGCAAGACGCUACAGUCUGAAGAUAUUGAUAUCGAUGAUGCCAUUGCUCAGCUAAAGGGGUUAGUUUCUUUUUUCCAAAAGUAUAGAGAAAUGGGAUUUCAAGAAGCAAAAGCUGAAGCUUCAAAAAUUGCCAUUGCUAUGGAUAUUGAACCCAUGUUUAACAAGAGGAACAAGCGCCUUAUUAAAAGGAAAACUCAUUUUGAUGAAGAGCGAGACAAAGGUGAUGAUGUUUGUCAGGUUCUAAGUGUGGAGGAUGAUUUCAGAAUCAAUUAUUUUUUCAAAAUGAUGGACCAAGCUAUUGUUUCUUUCCAAACAAGGUUAGAACAAUUUAAAGAGUAUGAAAAUAUUUUUGGGUUUUUGUUCAGUCUACGAAAGCUCAACUCAACAAGCGAUGAUAUUUUGAAGAGUAAAUGUUCUAACCUUGAAGCUUUUCUUAAGCAUGGAGCAGAUUCUGAUAUUGAUGGGAAUGAUUUGUUCAUGGAAAUCAAAAUUUUCAGAGAAGUUUUGCCAAAGACUUUCAAGAAGAAUGUAGAAGUGCCGGAUUAUUUGAAGAGAAUGAAGGAUAGCUAUCCGAGUAUAUGGAUUGCUUACAGGAUAAUGCUCACCAUUCCUGUUUCAGUUGCUUCAGCUGAAAGAAGUUUUUCUAAGUUGAAGUUGAUAAAGUCUUAUCUACGAUCUACUAUGUCACAGGAAAGGUUAAACGGAUUGGCUAUGCUAUCGAUCGAGAAAGCUUUAAUUCAAAAUCUCAAUUAUGAAAGUUUGAUGAAUGAUUUUGCUGAAAAAACUGCAAGAAGAGUUAUUUUUCAAAAUCGGUAGAACUGUUGUUGUGUGUUUUUAGAACUAUUGUACUGUAUUUUGAAGAUUAAUUAUGUUUAGACUGAUCUUUUUUUUCUUCUUGUUCUAUAAUUUUUUCGAUGCUGUUUUUUUUAUUAUCAAAACUACGAUAAGUUCAUCUAUAUUUUGAAUAGGGCCCCGAAAAACUCAGGUCCGGCUCUGUACCACACACAAGAUUAGUAACUGAUAAACCCAACUUAUCCUAAGAGGCUAAGAUUAUACAUAUAUACUAAAUGAAUUGUUAAGAAGUUUUUGUUAAAGAACAGGAGAUUUAAACGAUUCUAUUACUUCACGAAUACCAGGUAAAAUUUUCUCUAAAUUUAAUUGUUGCUUAACUACUCUAUUUAGUGGCACUUCUGAAAGACCUUGACAGAUUUAAUAUUGUAACUGUAUACUAACGUUGCAUGUGGAUUAUAUGUCUAUUUACAACGUUGUUCGGCUUAGUCAUCUGUGAUUAAAUUAUGUAGUUAAGUAAAGAGGAGUUACUUUAAUGUUGUACGUACUGGCUGGUUGUGCGGACUAAUAAUUGUUGAAUCUUGUGGGGUUUGAUACAAUUGCCGGCACACGUUGAAUACAGACGAAUGCUUUUUUUUUUAUCAAAAAAAAAAGACGACUAACCCUUUGCACGAAUACAGACGAAUACUGGCAGCGAAUAAUAAUCACAGGACAACAAGAUUCAAUUUAAGA